GAUUUUACUCACAUUCACGUGUAUAAUCACGUGUUUACGAAGUACAACGUAAUUUACAUGUAACGUACAAAAUUUAAAAUGAAUGAGAAUAGCGAAUCGAAUUUACAAAAACUUUUCGCAGAAUCAUUAAUAAACGACAAUGUUUUUAUGAUAACAACGACAGUAGAUACAGGUUUCGAGUGGCAAGCAGUGGAUGAAUGUAAAGAGAAAUUAAAUAAAAAUGUCAAAAUUAUUAAAGAACGCGGAAAGAUUUAUCUUAAUGUCUUUUGGAAUCAAUUUGCACAAAUACAAGAGAUGAGAUCAAUAGACAAUAUAUUUAUUGUCGCAGAUGUUAGAAAGUUUGAAUUCUCAGGAAUUAGUAAAGAAGCUGAUUUACAGUUAUUUAAAGAUGCUGUACGUGAUGAUAUGAAAUUAAAAAAGGCUUUAAAUGCUUGGAAAAAUAUAACUGGUUUUCAAGGGAAAAUAUAUCCAACUACUGAUGAAUAUAAUAGAGCAGAAAAAGACCGUAAGCUUUGUAACACAAUUGUUACACCAAUUAAAGGCAAAAAAAGAGGGCAGGAUCCAUCUGACACUGAGAAAGAUGAAAUAUUAAGGUACAGAGUAACAUGUGAAAGGAUUGGCAAACAUAUAUUUGAAUCAGCAGAGGUUGCUAGAGCUAUUGGAGGAGAAUUGCAAGAUAAAUAUCUGUGGCUUGUAGAUCUAUCUACGUAUUAUUUAGAAGUAGUUUGCAAAGUAAUUGGCAAUGAACUAAUAACACAGUUACGUGUUACACAUGAAUCUAAGCAUCAUAGGAAUAUCAUAAGUUUUGGACCAACUACUCUUAGAGCAACUGUAUGUUAUAAUUUGUUAAGAUUAGCUCAUCCUAAUCUGGGAGACAUAAUAAUUGAUCCAAUGUGUGGUAGUGGUUCCAUUCCAAUUGAGGCAGCUUUAGUGUAUUCUCAAUGUUAUAUUAUGGGAGGAGACAAUCAUCCAAAAGCUGUAUUUAGAACAAAAUCUAAUAUUGAGGCAUCUUCUUCUAAAUGUAAAAUUGACCUAUUACAUUGGAAUGUGUCACAACUACCAUUUAAAGAUUCUUUUGUUGACAUUGUUGUUACUGAUAUGCCAUUUGGAAAAAGAAGUGGACGAAUGAUAGAUAACAGAAUACUUUAUAAAGAAAUUUUAAUAGAAUUAGGACGAAUAAUGAAACCCUUAACAGGACGGAGUGUUUUACUCACUUAUGACAGACGCAGCUUUAGCAUGGCUUUACAAACAGCUAGAAAUUUGUUUUGUGUAACAAAAACUUUGGGUGUAAAUAUAGGUGGUCUUCAAGCUGCAGUUUAUGUGUUAAAACGAACAGAUAUGUCCUAUGAACAAUUUAAACCGAAAUUUGUUAAACACAACGUAUAAAAAGAAAUAAUUUAUGUUAUAAAAUAAAUUUAAAUACCUUUAUAUUACAAGUUCAUAUUUUGUAAGAGUUUAAUAAAAAGAAGUUUUUAUAUUU